UAGACUAAGAGCAGAAAAGAGUGGUUUGCUAAGGGGGAUAAUUCUUUACUUCCUGUCACAAACCACCUUCUCCAAACAAGUUUGUUUCUGUUCUAUCGGAGCUUCUUAACAUUUCCUUUACCAGUCAACAUGGCUGAAGAAGUAAAGCUUCAAACUGCUCCAUUUGAUGCAAGGUUUCCUAACCAGAAUCAAACCAGAAAUUGCUGGCAGAACUAUGUAGACUAUCACAGAUGUCACAAAAUCAAGGGAGAAGACUAUGAACCAUGUGAUUACUUCAAGAGAGUUUUCAAGUCCAUUUGCCCAAAUGCUUGGAUUGAGAAAUGGGAUACACAAAUAGAAGAAGGAGUAUUUGCUGCCAAAAUAUGAUAGUCUAAUUUAUAGGAAAUUUUUUUUCAUUAAAGACAUACUUUGUGAACUAAUAGAUUCUUAAAGCUUGAUUAAAUAAAUUUAUUAAAUGA